GUGAACCUACCGUUAGUGCUAUAGGGAUCUGUAAAAUCAGUGUGGGCGGACGGGGGAGAGCCGUUUGGAGAAGUGCGCGUGCACUGCCUGGCUGCACCGGUAGUGGCUACGUGUAAUUCUAGGGGAAAAUGGCAGAUAGAAAAAAUAAUAAUGUUCCCAACACCGGUGCUAACUUGCUGUUCAGCGCCGCUCCGGAGUUCAACUUCAACUUGCCUUUCAUACCCGUGAGCCAGGCCACCGGUCCGGCGGUGCUGUCAGGAGAUGAUUCCACUGAUGUGGGAGAAGAAGACAGCUUCCUGGGUCAGACCUCUGGAAAUGGACCAGCCCCGUCCACCUUCAACUACUUCUCCAGCCCUGUAACCACCAGUGAUCCGUUUGCCUCCAUCGGACAGUCGCCAUGCCCUCCACCAACCCUGUCAGCAGCGCCGACGACAACAGGCCUGGUUUCUGCUCCCAGCAGCGUCAGCAUGGCUCCGCCGCCCACAACAGGCUCCCACAUGAACCCCGCUCCCCCUCCAGCUUUCGGAGGCGCGUUGUACCACAGCCCCAUGGGACGUCACACACCUCCCCCCGCCUCAAUGACCCCACCGCCUCCUCAGAUGCAGCCGCAGAGUCAUAAUCCAUACCGACACACCCCCACCAGCAGCAGAGCCAGUCCUUAUAUUCCAGCUCCGGAGAUCCUGCCGCCAACACACACACCUCCGCAGAACCCCUACUCCCUCAGCUCUCCACCUCAGGCAUUCCCGCCGUCAGGACCCACAUUCACAAGGCCUCCUCCCACACAGAUCCAAGCGCCUGCGCCUCCGCCUCCAGCCACCACAGCUGGAGCGAUCGUGCCCGCAGGCCCCAUGAUGCCAUACAACUACAAUGUCUACGAACCUGUUCAGCCUCACUGGUUCUACUGCAAGCAAGUGGAGUCAAGGAGCGUCUGGCUUCCUUUCAGUAUCAUCGACUCCCUGCAGCUCGAGGAAACAUACAACUCAGUUCAACCAGACCCAGAAAAUGUGAUCGUGCGAACGGAUGGAGGCCGUUACGACGUGCAGCUCUACGACCGCAUGAGGACUGCGGUCUACUGGGAGGAGGAGCCGACAGAGGUCCGCCGCUGCUCCUGGUUCUACAAAGGAGACACAGACAGUCGCUUCAUCCCUUAUUCUGAGGACUUUAGCGACAAGCUGGAGGCAGAGUAUAAGAAAGCUGUAUCUACAAACCAGUGGCACCGUAGACUGGAGUUCCCAUCAGGAGAAACCAUUGUCAUGCACAAUCCAAAGGUGAUUGUGCAGUUUCAACCCUCCUCCAUGCCUGACGAGUGGGGCACGACUCAGGACGGGCAGACCAGACCCAGAGUGGUGAAGCGGGGGAUUGACGAUGACCUCGAUGAAGUGCCCGAUGGUGAGCUCGCCAAGGUGGAUCAUCUCGUGUUCAUGGUUCAUGGAAUCGGCCCCGUGUGCGACCUGAGGUUUAGGAGCAUGGUGGAGUGUGUGGACGACUUUCGCAACGUGUCACUGAAGCUGCUGCACAGUCACUUUAAGAAACCCCUGGAUGAGAGCGCCAUCAGCCGGGUGGAGUUCCUGCCCGUCCAGUGGCACACGGCUCUGCACGGAGAUGCCACUGGGGUGGACAGGAGGAUAAAGAAGAUCACUUUGCCGAGCACUGGAAGGUUACGUCACUUUACCAAUGAGACUCUGUUAGAUGUGCUUUUCUACAACAGUCCCACUUACUGCCAGACCAUCAUGGACACAGUCGCCCUGGAGAUUAACAGACUUUACGCCCUGUUCUUAAAGAGGAACCCGGACUACAAAGGAGGAAUAUCAGUGGCUGGACACAGUUUAGGUUCUUUGAUUCUCUUUGACCUGCUUUCAAAUCAGAAGAACGGCUCUCCUCCGUUCUCUAUGCCAGUCAUGCCCACUUCUAACGGAGACACCAAACAGGUGGCAGCUCCUGUUACACAGAGCAGUAACACCGUCACUCCUCCACCGCCCGUCGAGGAGGAGGCGAAAGAAGACGGAGAGGAGUUUGAGGAUCUCUCUGUGAUGCUGGAACACCUGGGGCUGUCCGAGUACAAGAGCACCUUCGAUGAGGAGAAGAUUGACGUUGAAUCUUUUCUCAUGUGCACGAUCGAGGACCUGAAAGAGAUGGGAAUCCCGCUGGGCCCGCGGAAAAAGAUCGCCAAGUUUGUCAAAGAACGAGUGAGCAAGCAGGCUGCUCGUCAGGCUGCACAGGAGAAGAAGGCAGAAGCCAAGGAGGUCAGUCAGGUCACGGCACCCCCACCAGUCGCCGAAGCUCUCCCUGAUCCCGCUGUGAAGAAGCUUCCCACAGGCAACACCGUCUCCUCCAUCCACGUCGACUAUAAUUACUUUGAAGUCGGAACUGGACAGGUGUCGGUGGUCUACCACGCUCUGGACUUCGAGCCGGUGAAUUUCUUCGCUCUGGGUUCUCCGAUCGGCAUGUUCCUGACAGUCCGAGGACUGGAGAAGAUUGAGGAGACGUACCAGCUGCCCACCUGCAAGGGAUUCUUCAAUAUUUACCAUCCGUUGGACCCGGUGGCGUACAGGAUCGAGCCCAUGAUAAUACCAGACUUGGACUUGAAGCCUGUCUUGAUCCCUCAUCACAAAGGAAGGAAGAGGCUUCAUCUCGAGCUGAAGGAGAGUCUCUCCAGGAUGGGCUCAGACCUGAAGCAGGGUUUUAUCAGCUCCCUGAGGAGCGCCUGGCAGACGCUCAACGAGUUCGCUCGCGCUCACACCUCGUCCGCCCAGCUUCAGGCCGAGCUGGCCAUCGUGGCCAAUCAGAUCGAAGAGCAGGAGAAGCAAGCGGAGGAGGAGCACAAGAUCCCAGAGAGCCCCGAGCCACAAAAAGACGAGGAACCUCAGGUGAAGAUCGGGAUGUUGAACGGAGGGAAUCGCAUCGACUACGUCCUGCAGGAGAAGCCCAUCGAGAGUUUCAACGAGUACCUGUUCGCCCUCCAGAGUCACCUCUGCUACUGGCAAUCUGAAGACACUGCUCUGCUCAUCCUCAAAGAGAUCUACCACACCAUGGGGAUCCAUCCAGAGCAGAUCGCACAUUAACACAUGAAGUACCUGAGAUGAAAAUAAGCCUGUCUGAAACUUUCCCAUCUGGUUUAUUUCAUGUCAGCUCUCCUGGAUUUCAAUUAUGCUUUUUUUCUAUUAUUUUUUUCCCUCUUUUAUUUUCUAUUCAUGUAGUUUAUUGUAUACAGAUGAAUAAUACAAUUGUAUUAUGCCAUUUGUCUUAAAUUAAGAAACAUAUGAAUGAGCUGGUAGAUUCAAAGACACUUUGACGGGUUUGAUAUGACAUUUUUAUAGUAUAAAUUAUAGAACUGAUGACGUUUACUGAAAAAUAUGUAUCAUUAAAUCAAAUGCCAACGGGAGAAAUGACGCAGCAGCAGCAGUUAAUGCAGCCUUCUUUAAGUUUUAUUUCACGGCCAAAAUGUCAAAAUAAAUCAUUUCCUUGCACAAGUUCUGUUUGAAUUGUUGUGAACUGCUGAGAGGAAGACAUGUAACAUUUCUCCUGCAGGACGAGGAGACUUUUAAGACUAUCUACAAAAAAAAAGCUGUAAUAUUGAAAAAAAACAACCAUUGAUUAAAAAUAAUUACAGUACAAGAUGA